AUGGAGGCAGAAGGGAAAGCUCCGAGUCUGCUGGAGCUGUGCGUCCGAAAGGCCAUCGACAACCUGCGGCAUAUCCAGAGCGUGGACGGCGUGGACACGCCGCUGCUGCGCAGGAUCCUGCCCCACUGCGACCUGGAGCAGCUGACCCGCAUCGAGAGCCGCACGGCGACGGACCUGACCCCGGUCACCGACGUCCUCUGGCAGGGGUUCUAUCGGCGGCAGUUCGGCGAGGAGCACACGAGCCGCGUCGUGGACAGGAUGCAGCGGGCCGGGGCGCGGUACAAGUGGAAGGAUCUCUUCAAGGCGAAGACAAAGCAGCAGAAGGAGUUGGAAGACAGGAUGGUGGAGGCGCUCACGAGCAAGUGCCGGGCGCGGAACGCUGAGAGGGAGAGCAAGGCCAUCAAGCGCUUCACGAAGGUGCAGCCAAGCAGUUGCAAACGAAGCUAUUUCGGAGGAGGAAGCGGCAUGUCUUCCGGUUCCGGCUACAAGAACCCGAUGUUGAAGAAGGCAAGGAUGGAGGUUGACAUUCGGGCGAGAAUGGAAGCUCCUUUUUGCAGGAGGUCAACUCAGCCAACGACGAGUCAUGGACAGCCGAUGAGGACGACGUCGAUCGUCCGUAGACCCAAUUCGACCACCACCAUUGUCAAACCAACUGCUUUGAAUAGGCCGAACCAAAACAAAACAGGUUUAGGUUAUAGAUAA